UUGAAAUUACAGGGGAGUCCCUGUAAUUGUCAAAAACCUCUGGGGAGGUGAGUGUAAUUUACCCUAUUAUUUUUCAUUUUGUGGUUUCAGGGAGUGCAAAGCAGAUACUAAAGCUGAAAUCUUUGACCCUAAUUUGAUCAAUUUGCCAGUGCCCAAUGAAUUUGUUGAUCUGAUGACCCAAUUUAUCAAGGGCAUUAGACUACAAGGGAAGUAUGAAGGGGCGACAAAGAUCCAACAUGUUAGUCAUGGCCACCCUUUAAACUUUUUCGACAAACAACUUGACAGUGAGUCGUGCUCUACUGGGAGGAAAUUGUCCCUCUUGAAUGAGGUGAUGAAGAAUGAUGAAAAAUGCAAUGGGUGUGCACAAACCAUUUCUGCUCCAUUUUUUUAUUGUGCUGAAUGUAACUUCUUUCUCCAUGAGUGGUGUGCAGAGUUACCCAUUGAACUGCGACACCCUUGUCACCCAGAGCAUCCACUUCUCUUGACCCCAAAUUUCUAUCUAGAUGAAUGUAUAUGCUGCAGAUCAGAUAGCAAAACGUUUAUUUUCGGCUGUACUACCUGCGACUUCUUCAUCGAUUGUAAGUGUGCAUCCCUACCACGCAUUAUCAGACACAAAGCACACAAGCACACCCUCGCUAUAAGGCGAACAUGGUCUGCUAGAUGCGGUGGCUGCAAUGAUGUUUAUCAUCGAUUUGCAUUUGUAUGUGACCCUUGCAAUCUGAAUAUUUGUGUUGGGUGUGCUCUUUUGCCGGGUACGGUUAGUCACAGGUACGAUAAACACCCAUUCACCCUGACCUAUUCCCCUCCUCCUCUCAAAGACCCGAUCGUGGAUGAGGAGUACUAUUGUGAGAUUUGUGAGGGGGAAAUAAAUCCAAAAUUAUGGUUCUAUCAUUGUGUCAUUUGUGAUCAAUCUCUUCAUACACUCUGCAGCCGUCCUAUUGAUUGGAAUCCAAAUGUCAAGUAUGGGGUGACCAUUAAAUUCCAUCACCAUCAUCACCCACACCUUCUCAGAUGUGCCGAAAUCCCCGAGAAGAAUAGUGCUAUCCAAUCACCAUGCAGCCAAUGUGGCAAAUGUUUCCGAAACGAUUCGCAUAUGUACUACGAAUGUCCACUUUGUUCUUUUUUCCUCUACCGUUGUUCCUUCUCGAAAAAAUAAAAUUUGUAGAAACUGAAAUUUGAUG